AUGUCCUCCCUGUCGGCCGAAGAUGGCGAUAUCUUCGAGCGCUUGCAACAGCGCAAAGACCCGCAGGUUCUCGAGGAGCAGGAGCAGGCCGUGAAGGAGCGGACACAAGCAAUUCUGCAAAAGGCUCAAGCCCGCCUGGGCGAAUUGCUGGACCAAAACUCGACUCUACCAUGCACCAUCUCCUCGGUCCAGGUCCUCGGUGCUCCCAACACUCGCCGUGGCUUCCUCGAGAACGUCCUGAACCCUCUUUUGAGCGAAAAUAAGAAUCGGCCCUAUACUCUUUCCGAGGCGUUGCGGGAGGUAUCGGCUAUGGCAGACAAGCUUGGGCGAUUUGACUUGUUCCAUCAGCCCAUCUCCGUCCACCUGGACGAGGCUAACAACAAUGGCGACCUGCGCAAUCUCGAUGUUCUGCUGGCGGUCCGCGAGAAGUCCCGCGUGAUUCUGAAAACCGGUACCGAUCUUGGAAAUGCCGAGGGCUCAGCUUACGGAAACCUUCUCUGGCGCAAUCUGUUCGGCGGUGCCGAGACUCUCAACCUGAACGCCUCAUUGGGAACCCGCACACGAUCCGCCUACCAGGCCGCAUUCGAGACACCACUCUUCUGCGACCCCGACUUCCGCCUUGAGGUCGGCGGAAUUGCUAGCGCUACGCAGAAGUCGUGGGCUAGUCACGAGGAGGUGCUCAAGGGAGGCUGGAGCAAGCUUCGAUGGCUGUCCAAGUCCGGACAUCGCCACGAGCUGGGCUACAAUGGCUACUGGAGACAGAUUACCGGCCUCGGCGAGGGUGCUUCUUCCACUGUCCGGGCUGAUGCGGGCGACAGUGUUAAAAGCAGUGUUUUCCACAGCUGGGUCAACGACCAACGUGAUAACGCGAUGAUGCCCUCCCGCGGAUACUAUGCCAAGAUCUUCAACGAGGUUGCUGGCUGGGGCCCGCUGAAGGGUGAUGUGUCCUUCUGGAAGUCGGAAAUCGAGACCCAGGGUGCGAUCCCCGUCCCGAUCCCCGGUAUCAAGGGUGACAGCGGCGUGAGCUUCACAACUGGAUUCCGCGCUGGUCUUAUGGUCCCGCUGGGCCUGGACUCGAACUCUCGUCCUCAACUCUCCCGCAUCAAUGACCGCUUCCUGCUCGGUGGACCUACCGAUGUUCGCGGAUUCCGUCUCUGCGGUCUCGGUCCCCGCGAGGGAGCUGAUUCUCUUGGCGGCGAUGCCUACGCUGCUGGUAGUGCGAACCUGCUCUUCCCGCUCCCCCGUGUUGGCGUAGACAGGCCUCUCCGCAUGCAACUGUUCCUGAACGGUGGUCGCUUGCUGCCGUUGCGGACGUCGCAGAAGGCUGCCCCCGCGACUAGCAGCGAGGUGCAAGACGCGGUGAUCUCCACUGUCACCGAUUUGCAAAAUGGUCUACCUAGCAUCGCGGCUGGUGUUGGUAUUGUGUACGCCCACCCGGUUGCACGCUUCGAGCUCAACUUCUCUCUCCCGCUUGUCCAGCGCAAGGGCGAGGAGGGUCGCAAGGGACUCCAAUUGGGAAUUGGCAUCAACUUCCUAUAG